AUGGACUCUUCCCACCGCAGACAGUCUGGUGUUGAGCCUGCCGAUUCGGCCACCACUUCAGUCAGGACUUCCAUCUCCAGCCGCCUUGACGGCGAUGAUGAUUACGACCUCAGCGCCAUGAUGAUUGCCGACGGCUUCAGGCCCUCCGAUUCCCUGCCGAUGUCGACGCAACCCCUCUCAACUUCGCUGGCCCGCGAUCCGAAUCAGCCUCUUCAUCUUGCUUCAUCCGCCUCGUCUGUCUCCACACAUACACCCGAAACAUCUUUCACCCCGCCGUCCGCUCGACCGUCGAGCAUUGCAAAGCCUCCUCGAACUCACGACCCCUUGGCUCUACGUCACGAUGGCGCUCUAGGACAUCUCAAUGCCGCACGCCUAUCUAGGACUCCCAGCAGCUCGACGGCUAUUCCCUCCGAGUACUCUGAAAGCACCAUCAAUGGCUCCUCGGGCUCCUCAUCUGCUCACCAUGCCUAUCCGCAACGCACCUUCAGCGUUGCCACUUCAUCGACCAUGCCCAUGUCAGAAAGAUCAUAUGCUGGACCCCAACGUCCCACGCAUCCCUACGGCCUCUACACACAAACGACCGCCCCUGUUGACGCCCCACAUGACUCGGACAUCCCGGUGGGGUUUGGGAGGCCAGACAACUAUCGAAGGCGUAUUGGGCCCGACGGCGAGGAGAUCGCCGACAUGAUUGGCCCCCUCGGGCAUACCGAGGAGCUACCGCCAUACAGCAGAUAUCCGGACGAGGCGUAUGCGAGGAAAACCAUGGCGAGCAACGAGCAAGAAACGGAUGCCGAUGCGGCACCUCAGCAACCAGUAUUGAGUCCGCCCAUCCCCGGAGCAGGAGGCAUCGGGCUGGCGACACGGAACCCCGAGUUCGAAUCAAGGGAUGAUCUUGACACACCACAAUCGAGGCUUUCUACACGGAGUGUCACAUCUGAUUCUGUCAGUCAACACGAGAUCAACACAGCCGCCCAGACCUUCAACGAAAAGGAUGACCAUCGCUGGCAGAAGAGAGCGAAGAAACGCAUGUGGGGCGUGGUGCCGUACUGGGCUGUCUGCCUCGUAGCAGUCGCUCUCCUUGUCAUGGGCAUUGUCCUUGGUGCGGUCAUAGGCACGCUUUUCGCGAAAGAGGAUUCCAAUAAGCCGGGCCAGAAACCAGACGAGAGCGCCAUACCAAUCACAUACACGACGCAAACACUGGACACGUUGCCCUUACCAACCAAGCCUGCUGACCUGCCUCCCCUCGACACGGGAACCUUCAGCUUACCACCACUGGUUUCCAGUCAGGCUCCUACCACAUGUUUCAACGACACUACUCAGGCUCAGGCUUGGACUUGCAACAUUCCGUUUACAAUAUACGCCAUGGCUGUUUCUAAGCUGCCCAAUGGCACACCUGUAUCAGACUACACCCUUCAGCUGACCCUCUCCAAUGGUUCUAGUAUUUCUGGCUUGUACAAUUGGGGCACUCAACCACCGACGAUUGAUGAUCCCAUAAUCAUGAGACUUGUCAAGGAUAACGAUGCACCAGAACUGGGCCCCGCCUGGUUUGCUCAAGUUGCCUACAACAAGACUGUGAUCAUUGCGGAAGACAGGUUUCCUAACGUUGGGUCCAUGUCAAGUAAGACGACAGUCAAGCGGAACUGGAGCUUGGAACCCCCCAAGGACCUUAAGGGCAAGGGCGUCAUCGGUACCAAUGCCGGGGACAGGCCAUGGAUUUGCACAUGGCCCGGAACUCUGCUCGAGGUCUUCAUUUAUCCUUCUGAGAACAACAGUUUCAGCGGCUCGCCUAGUCCGUCUACUUCGAGCGACGCUACAACAUCAACAGCACCCACGUCAUCUACUAACGAGCAACCGGCCGGUGCGCCAUAUGGGCCUCCGACAACCACUACGAGAACGCCGAAACCGCCGGCGCCGCCUUACCCUAAAAUUAUGAAGAUUGAAGAAAGUCGGAUUUCCGAUGACGACACCCGUGCUGCUGUCUGUCAACAGGUUGAGAUCUGCGAUGACGGUUUUACCUCCGUGCCUGUGAUUGGCGCCGAUGGAGAUCCAAUCGAGGUCAUCAUUGUCGAGAACCAGCGGCUCGUCGCGUACCACUUUGAGGAAUCGAAGCGUUCGGUCAGAGACAACUCUCUGAGGCCAAGAAAUAGUCAGCCUUAUAGUCAGUUGAGCGAGUGUGGGUGCAUGUGGUGGUUCACAUGA